ACAUAAAUUUUGUUUGUAAACCAAGAAGGUCAAUUUUAUGUAACAAGCUUUAGGUACAGAAGCUCUAGCUUUUAUCUAAUACCAUCUCAUCCGAGAUUGACGAUAGAUGUGAUAGGACCCGUGUGGCCUAUGCAGCUCCGCCCGCUCCGCGAGACUUGCAAGACAACGCCAGACAACGCGCGGCGCGAAGUUUGCAAGAUGGCGGACGCCGGCUUCGUUCAGCGCGUUCAAGAUGUCAAAAAGGCGAACGUUUUAGUUGUCGGUGCUGGCGGUAUUGGUUGCGAGUUACUUAAAGACUUAGUACUUUCCGGCUUCGCCAACAUUGAAGUCAUCGACCUGGAUACGAUAGACGUGAGUAACCUGAACCGGCAAUUUCUGUUCCGGAAGGAGCACGUCGGAAAGCCAAAAGCGUUCAUUGCCAAGGAAAGCGCCGAGAGGCUUGACCCGCGUGUGAAUAUCGUAGCUCACCAUGACAGUAUCGUGAAGCCAGAGUAUGGACUCGACUUCUUCAAACGUUUCGACAUUGUCAUGAACGCUCUCGACAACAGGAGUGCGCGGAGCCAUGUGAAUCGGAUGUGCUUGGCCGCCAAAGUACCGCUGAUCGAGAGCGGCAGCGCCGGGUACUUGGGCCAAGUGACACCGAUAUUCAAAGGACUCACUGAAUGCUACGAGUGCCAGCCGCAGCGUGCUGAAAAGACUUAUCCGGGAUGCACCAUACGCAACACGCCUUCGGAGCCGAUACAUUGUAUUGUAUGGGCGAAGCACCUUUUCAACCAGCUUUUUGGCGAGGCAGACCCUGACGAAGACGUAUCGCCGGACUCGACGGACCCCGAGCUCAGAGGCGAAGUGAGCUUGGACCAAAUGCUCAAGCAACGCACAGACGCCACGGGCAACGUUUGCCGCGUCUCGACGCGGCUUUGGGCCACGCAGUGCGGUUACGACCCGGAGAAGCUCUUCAACAAACUUUUCGGUGGCGACAUACGAUACCUGCUGCAGAUGGAGAAGCUAUGGUCGCGCAGGAAGCCUCCAAUGCCUUUGCAGUGGGACAACUUGCCGGACACAACGGCUUCCAGCAGUGCUGACGCGGCUGACUCUGGCACGCUCGAUCACCGGCGCUGGAGCUUGGACCAGUGCCGCCGAGCUUUUAGCGACUCCGUGGGAAAGCUUAAGGCACGAGCAGUGGAGCUCGGUGAAGGUGACCAGUUAGUGUGGGACAAAGACAACGAUGAAUGCAUGGAUUUUGUGACUGCUUGCGCCAACCUCCGUGCUCACUGCUUUGGAAUUCCUCAGACUAGCAGAUUUAAUGUAAAAGCAAUGGCAGGCAACAUCAUCCCUGCCAUAGCAACAACCAACGCCAUCAUUGCAGGUAUUAUAGUGCUUCAGGCUUUCAAGCUUCUGCAAGGGAAGUUGGAAGAGUGUAGAACAAGCUGCAAACAGGUCUUCUUAAAUAAGCAGCCUUCGUCAACAAAAAAGCUUAUUAUUCCGGCCCAGCUUGUCGAGCCCAAUCCAAAGUGUUACUCAUGCUCAUCAAAGGCAGAGCUCUAUGUUAGUCUUAACACAAAACAGAUGACUGUUGGCACUUUUGAGGAUAAAGUGUUCAAGGAGCAAAUAAGAAUGGCAGCACCUGAUAUAGAGCUUGAUGAUGGCAAAGGGACUAUCCUCAUUUCAAGUGAGGAAGGUGAGACAGAUUCCAAUCGGGCCAUGCAUCUGGCAAGCUUAGGCGUUAUUCAUGGCUCACGACUUCGCUGUGAUGACUUUCUGCAAAAUUUUGAGGUUACGGUUAACAUUGUUCAUGAUGAAAGUAAAGAUGGCACAGGGUUUGAAAUUGCGGGUGAUGUCUCCCAGCUGAAACCCGAUAGUGACAUAGCAGACAGUAAUAACCAUAAUGAAGAGGAUGAGAGCAAAGGGCUGUGUGGCUGCAAUGAUGCUAGUGAUGACGAUUUAUGUGUCAUUGAAGAUGACGUUGAGGAAGUUGGAAAUGACAGAAAAAGUCUGAAACGCAAGAUGACAGACAACACCGAAAACUUGGAUGUCAAGAGGUCCUGUGUUGUCAUUGACUGAUGCUGUCAAAUUAUUUUGAAUCGAAGGGGGUUCCAAGUGCAGAUAUUUUUUUGAAAACACGAUGGAAGUCGCACAUCAUUGUGUUGCACAGCAAGUUCUAAAUUAUAAACCUGUUUACCAUGCACCAUAUUCUCUUGUACAGCAGAUCUUCAGUUUGAGCCAUACUGAAUUGUAACAGUUCUUCAAUAAAUGUCACUUGUUUUAAAAUUGAGUACAUGUUGCAAUACAUUUUGAAGAGAGGCGGCUUGUGGUGUGUGGUACUGCUUUUGUAAGGAAAAUGUUUCCACAUUACUGCAGGCAGCCUUCCUUGCAUGUCUAAAAUCCCAUCCAUAUAUGUUUUCUUAAAGACUACAUCGGGUGAACUUUUUUCAUUGUUGCAGUUCUUGAAGGCCAAUAAUGUUCAGUCUGUUGCACUGCGUCUGGUAUAAGAGCCGUUAAGCAUGGUGCUGGGAUGUCUGCUGUUUGUUACUUCAGUUUAACAGACAGCCCCAUCAGCCUUAAGAACAUUUCUUCCUGCAAACAACAUACAUAACACCGUUAGCAGACACUGGGAGCUUCUGUUUUCAUAUGACGGCCACUGUUUAAUAUUUGAUCACUUUCAAUGCAUGACGUAGAGAGUUCUAGCUUGUCUGUAAACUUAUUGCCAUUUAUGGAUUACCGGGGCUACGGUGACCAGGUAAUUCGUAAAUGGUAAGGAACUUAUGGACAAGCUAAUACCACUGUCACAGGGUCACUUUUGGUCACAAUCGAGCCCAAUCCAGAUCAAAAUUCUCGAGUGUCACUGGCUCUCUUUCACAGCUUCUGCUAAGGAGCCAAUUGCAAUCGACAAAUUCAGUCCCGGCAGAGCUCGAUCAUGAUCAAAUGUGGGCCGUGUGACACCCGUCUAAAACUCUUCUAUAUCAUGCAUUUAAAGUUGACGAAUUACCGGGUUGACUGGAGCCAUGGAAAGCACAGAAAAGCUGGUAGCAACUUCUUGAGAUGCUUUGUUCAAGUACAAUGCAUUUGGAAAAUGUGUUAUGUUAGUGUUCUCAUUGAAGAAAAAUCAUAGAAAAAGACUGCGGCAUAAAUUUUUAUAAUGUUGCUACCAACACUUUCCACCAGUAGUUAAGCAGAAUAUGAAAAGUCACUGCCCUAUAAGCUAUGUCUGCUCACAGGUUAAAUCUCCAAUAACCCGGUAUUCCGCAUGUGGUAAUACUUUACAGACAAGCUAGAACUGUAAUAUUUGAUCUCCAAACAUUAAGAAUAUUUUUGUCUACAAGCUGUAACUAUUAACAUACUGCAUACUUCACACAUAUAGACUUACUUAAUGUCCAGAAGCUUGUGUGCAAUUGUAGCAGAGGUUGAAUUCAGAUAUGUUCCUAUAGCAUGCAGAGUCAAUGCUAAUUAACAAUUUUGUGAAAACCCUAGAAUGAGUGAAUGUUUCAAUCAAAAUAGAUCCUUUGCCUUCAGUCGUUCCCUUCGUGUACAAUUCCAAGAGUUUCAAGUGACUAGAAGAAAAUGAAAUGGAACCUUGAAGGUCAACAAAACAUACUGCUUUAGUUGUACAUCUGUGUUGCUUCUGAAACAUGUCUGUCGAGGCCACUGAAGCAAGCAAACAACAAAAUGUAUAUUGAGAAUAAAGCUUUAUUUUAAAAACAUGAUGAGAGUCUAACAUGAUGAAAGUGGAACGCGAGGAGGAGCUUGCCUGUCACUAAAUGCAGCACUCCUCAUACUCUUUGGCUUGCUGGUUAUUUGUAUGUGUACAGCAACUCUGCUUUGAUGACAUAACUAACUUCAUCCUUUUAUGUU